GAGCACGACUUCGCUAUGAGACCUGGCUUUGGAGGUGCAGCCAUCCCUGUAGGCAUUGAUGUUCAGGUGGAGAGCAUCGACAGCAUUUCAGAGGUCAACAUGGACUUCACCAUGACUCUGUACCUGCGCCACUACUGGAAGGAUGAGCGGCUGGCAUUUCCAUCUCGUAGCAACGUGAGCAGGACAUUUGAUGGGCGUCUGGUGAAGAAGAUGUGGGUUCCUGACGUGUUCUUCGUCCACUCCAAGAGGUCCUUCAUCCAUGACACCACCAUGGAGAACAUCAUGAUCAGGGUCUAUCCUGACGGAAGCAUACUCUACAGCGUCAGGAUCACAGUGACUGCUCUUUGCUCCAUGGACUUCAGCAGCUUCCCUCUGGACACACAGAACUGUUCACUGGAACUAGAGAGCUAUGCGUAUAAGGAGAAUGAUCUAAUGUUGUAUUGGAAGAAUGGCAACGACUCUCUGAGGACAGAUGAGAUGGUUCUGUCUCAGUUCUUCAUCAAGAAGUUCCACCCUUCCAGUGGGCUGGCCUUCUACAGCAGCACAGGUUGGUAUAACAGGUUGUAUAUAAACUUCAUCCUGAGGAGACAUAUCUUCUUCUUCAUGCUGCAGACAUAUUUCCCCACCAUGCUGAUGGUUCUGCUGUCCUGGGUCUCCUUCUGGAUUGACAGGAGGGCUGUGCCUGCACGUGUCUCCCUAGGUAUCACUACAGUACUGACCAUGUCCACCAUCAUCACUGGUGUGUCCUCCUCUAUGCCACAGGUGUCCUAUGUGAAGGCAGUGGACAUCUACCUGUGGACCAGCUUCCUGUUUGUGUUCCUGUCAGUGAUAGAAUAUGCUGCUGUCAACUACUGCUCUACGCUGGAGGAAAUGAGACGACUGAAGAGAGGAAAGCUCCCAACCUCGUACAACGCCAGCAAAGCCAUGGCCUUCGACGGCUGUUUCCAUGACAGUGACAUUGCGCUGACCCCAACUCCACUCCAGAACCCUGAGGACCCCCCCACCGAGGGGACACGUCUCCGCCGACAACGGUCGGUGCAAGAGAACGUGGAUCUGCUACUUAGCAACAGCUACUUGAUCGACUCGUACUCCCGCAUGGCCUUCCCUCUGUCCUACCUCCUAUUCAAUACCAUCUACUGGAGUAUGUACUCCUCCUGAGGGACCCUGCUGAGUAUAGUGCUGGGACCCUACUGACUAUAACUCCUCCUGAGGGACCCUACUGAGUAUAGUGCUGGGACCCUACUGACUAUAACUCCUUCUGAGGGAUGGUCCUACUGAGUACUGGGACCCUACUGAGUAUGUACUCCUCCUGAGGGAAGUAAAGGGACCUUACGGAGUAUUGGCCACCUAAGGGAGGGACCUUACAUGGACUCCUCCUGUGGGAAUCUACUGAGGAUACUACUGGCACCCUACGGAGUAUGGACUCCUACUCAGGGGAACUAUAUAAUACUGGAACCCUACCAAAUUCUAAAGGGCACUUUUCUGUGUGUAAUCCAAUAAUAAUGUAUGUAGCCCUUAUUCUGCCCAGACUGAAACAACAAAUGCUGGUCACUACCAAUUAAGGAAUAUUA